GUUCAAGCCUGUUUUACUGUCAUACUUAAAAAAAAGGAGCUCGAAACAAUUACGAUAGUGUCAUAUUUUAAUGGAAUAGGCCUAUAUUAUAAGGUACAAAUAGAUAUUAGGAUUCAAGGCCUUAGAAACUUGGUUAAAACACUUACAGAUAUUAAGUUAUGGAGAAGAAAUAUCCCAAACAAUUUGAGCCUGAUUCGGGUUGGUCAUGGAUGAUUCUUUUAUCCGCCUUCUUUUCAAAUUUCAUUUUUGACGGAAUCAUAUUCUCAUUUGGUAUUUUUCUUCCCGAAAUUCUACUUCAUUACGAAUCGAGUCAUGCAUUAACUUCGUGGGUUGGUUCGACUAUAAGCGCCGUUUACGCUCUCGUUGGACCGCUUGCGAGCUAUUUAGCAGAAAGAUUCGGGUGUAAAUUAACAACUAUCAUUGGAAGUAUUCUAGCCGCUUCGGGUUUUGUUUUAUCUACUUUUUGUACAGAAAUAUGGCAAUUAAUAAUUACCUAUGGUAUUAUAUCUGGUGUUGGUUUUGGUAAGUCAUAGAAAUAAUCUAGAUGUACUUAGACAAAAAAUAAGAGAAUAAUUCAAAGAUUGUUGUUCUUUCUUUUAUUUAAUGACGGAGGAGGAGGAGGAAAGGAAUAAUAAAGAAGAAAACAGAUAAUUAUUACUGUUAUUAUUAUUAAGACAAUGCGACUUAAUCUAGAUUAUAUCUAUGGGUUUAAUGUAUCUCUGCUCGUAUGUUAUGAUUGGUCAUUACUUUAACAAAUGGAGGGCAUUCGCCACUGGAUUCUCAUCAUGUGGUUCGGGUGUGGGAACAUUCGUUUUUGCUCCGCUUUCCGCCUACUUAAUUGAACAAUUUGGGUGGAGGGGAGCGUUACUCAUACAUGCUGGUAUUACUUUACAAGGUUGCGUAAUAGGUAUGACAUUCAGAAGUGUAAAUGAAUUAACAACAAAUGCUGAUGGAACAAAUGAGAAAAAUAAAGGCAAGAAGAGAACAAUCGACUUUAAACUUCUUCUGAAUAUCCCAUUUAUGCUUUUCUGUAUAUCAUCGUUCCUCUGCGCAAUCGGAUUCUUUGUACCUUCAACAUAUUUGCCCGAUUAUGCAAUAUCAAAAGGGAUUAGUCGGAGAAAAAGUGCAUUUUUACUAAGUUUAUUUGGUAUCUUUAAUACUUUGGGUAGAAUUGUUUGCGGUUUAAUAUCUGACAAUUCGAAAGUAGACCCACUUCAAAUAUACUACCUUGCUCUAAUUGCUGGCGGAUGUACAACCAUGUUUGUCAGUUUUAUGGUAGCUUAUUGGCAACUAUGCAUCUACGCUGCCAUAUAUGGAAUAACAAUUGCAAUAUAUGUUUCUUUAUGUGCAAUUAUCAUAAUCGACCUAUUAGGUCUUGAAAAACUAUCCAACGCUUUUGGAUUUUUAAACAUGUUUCGUGGCUUUUCAACAUUCAUCGGAGUUCCAACUGCAGGUGCUUUAUAUGAUAUAUCGGGAAACUAUCGUUUGGCCUUUUAUGUAGCUGGUGGUGCUAUUGCUGCAUCAGGUUUAAUAUGCAUACCAUUAAAAUGCUGCCUACGGUGGCGAGAAGAGAAAAGAAAGUUAAAGGCAAUUAAUAAAAUAGUAGUUGUUGACGAAGAAACGUCCCUACUGAAAAAGAAAUCACCAGAACUUACUAGUCGUAUUACUACUUGUUAAUUAAUUAAUUAAUAUUCAUAUAUUCAUAUCUACUUUGCACAUAUAUUUACAUAUAUAUGUUAAACAAAGCACAGGACAAAUAAUCUAAAAAGUCACUAACUAAAAAAACUAUUUAUUGUUGAACCAAAAGAGAAAAAAAAAAGUUGAAAAAUAUUUUCACUAUACUUGUUUUUAUUCAAUUAAUUGUGUA